CGCCUCCCCUCUCCCCCCUGAGCCGCGGAACACCUCGGUGCGGUGCGCCGUGGGAGCCUUGCGUGCUCUCCCUGCUGCUAGGCGCUAGACCCGCCCGGUGGGCUGCGGAACGCCGACUCAGGCUCUGCGCCGCUGCCCCUCUGGAGUUGCACAGUCGAUCCUCUUCCGCUAGCUGCCGCCAGCUGCUCUGGACUGGCGAGGUGCAGCGCGACGCUCCCCCGUGAAGCGCUGCUGGGGACGCGGCAGCCUGCCCGCCCCCCCGCCCUGCCCGCCCUUCCCCGUGCGGCCGGCCUCCCCGUCGCCCCCCGCCCGCUCCCCUAAGCCGAGCCCAGCUGCGGUGCGGCUGCGAGCGCACUCCCGCAGGGCCCUCGUCCUCCAUCCGUAGGGCAGCCCGCGGAGGCGGGAGCCGACCUCGGGGAGCCCGGCCCGGCCCGGCCCGGCGGAGCGAUGAGCUUCUUCGGCUUCGGGCAGAGCGUGGAGGUAGAGAUCCUGCUGAACGAUGCGGAGAGUAGGAAGCGAGCGGAGCACAAGACCGAGGACGGGAAGAAGGAGAAGUAUUUUCUCUUCUACGACGGGGAGACCGUCUCCGGGAAGGUGAGCCUCGCGCUUAAGAACCCUAACAAGCGGCUGGAGCACCAGGGCAUCAAGAUCGAAUUCAUCGGUCAGAUUGAACUCUAUUAUGACCGUGGGAAUCACCAUGAAUUUGUGUCCCUGGUGAAGGAUUUGGCUCGGCCCGGAGAGAUCACUCAGUCCCAGGCCUUUGAUUUUGAGUUCACCCACGUGGAGAAGCCGUAUGAGUCUUACACAGGGCAGAAUGUAAAGUUGCGCUAUUUCCUUCGGGCCACCAUCAGCCGCCGCCUCAAUGACGUUGUCAAAGAAAUGGACAUUGUGGUGCACACACUGAGCACAUACCCUGAGCUGAACUCGUCCAUCAAAAUGGAGGUUGGGAUCGAGGACUGCUUGCACAUUGAAUUUGAGUACAACAAGUCCAAAUACCACUUGAAAGAUGUCAUUGUAGGGAAGAUAUACUUCCUGCUGGUCAGAAUCAAAAUCAAGCACAUGGAGAUAGACAUCAUCAAACGGGAAACCACAGGCACUGGCCCCAAUGUGUACCACGAGAAUGACACCAUAGCGAAGUACGAGAUCAUGGAUGGGGCGCCAGUGCGUGGAGAGUCCAUCCCAAUCCGGCUCUUCCUGGCAGGGUACGAGCUCACACCCACGAUGCGAGACAUAAACAAGAAGUUCUCUGUGCGCUAUUACCUCAACCUAGUGCUGAUUGACGAGGAGGAACGGCGCUACUUCAAGCAACAGGAAGUGGUGUUAUGGCGGAAGGGUGACAUUGUGCGGAAGAGCAUGUCGCACCAGGCAGCCAUCGCCUCGCAGCGCUUCGAGGGCACAGCCUCCCUGGGGGAGGUGCGGACCCCCAGCCAGCUCUCUGACACCAACAGCAGGCAGUAGGCCCCUGGGCCAAGAAGCUGUGGGGCUUUACCCCAGCACCCCCAUCUACCAAACACCAGUGGCUGAGGGAGAGGAAGGAUGGUGUGAGGCUCAGCUGACCGUUACUUGCAACCUGAAAACAAAUCAUGUUUUGGACUUA